AUGACCAAGUCAAACGCUACCUCUUCACCUCAGCAAACGGCCGUUGCCCACUCGACAAACAAACGUCUAGAGGCAAUGACUGCACCCCAGCCUCCCUUUGUGCUUGAUGACGAUGUUGGCCUUACAAGCGACGAUUCCUAUCUAACCAGCGCGAACGAGUCACAUACUUGUAAAGAUUCUUCUGAUUCUUUCUCCUCCUCUUCCUUUCCUUCUGCUUCACCACACCCAUCCAACACGACAGAAGAUUCAUCGGUUCUCCUCCAAGGCCUUCAUGACUCCUAUCCACGCCACCAUAACCACAUCCAAGACACAACUCAAUACCUUUUCCAAAAUCUAUCCUUGUCAGAAUCAGAUAACAAGAAUCCAGACACUUCCACACCCAUGAGUCAACAUCGCAAGAUACCUCUUUCGCGUUUGCCUGCUUCUUCAUCGAAGAAUGAGAAGAGGGUCAAGAAGGCAGUCAGGAGGCAGAAAUGUACACGAUCCAAGUUUGCGUGCUAUCGUCAGCCAGGUGCGAUGGCGGCUAUUGCGAGCGCCCUGGAAGCUUUGGAGGACCCCGGUGGUGAUGAAGGAAAGGGUGCUGCGCAAGACAACAGUUUUGAUGACGGGCUAGUCAUUAGACGAAAGUACAACAGCGCCGACACUUCACCUUCGACAAUGACAGAAGAACACGCCUGGUCUGACUCUUCUACUAUCCAACACCAAGGCAGACGAAAGCAAGACAUUAUGCGAAUUACUUCUGUUCUGAACGACGACGACGACGACCCAGCGCCGCUUGUGUCGAGCCCUCCUCCUACUCCUAUUUCCAAGUCUUCUGUCGCGGCAUCUCAAUCUUCGCCCCAAGCUUCGUCGUUUGGCUUGUCCGAUCGACAUCGACAUAUCGAGCAUAGCGGUGUCGACGUUCUCGACCACAUCAACAUCGCGCGGAAUCAACUCGCCAAAUCUAGUCUACGAGAUGAAUACAUGCGACACUUCACAAACCCUGAGCGCCGGCGGUAUGAAGAUGCGUUGGUUGAGAUUGUGGGUGAUUUGGAGUUGCCAUUUUAG